CUUACGUUUUCAAUGAAUGCUUUUGUUAGAAAGUUUUCUGUUAACAAAGGUCUUUGACAUUUGAUGGUUCUUUAUCCAUCUUGCUCUGGUGAAUUCGUUCAAUUCUUUCUACUCGAUUGCCCGAGAUUAAUUGAAUGCGAGGUGGUGAACUUAAGUGCUGUUGAUGCAUUCGCAAGUACCUGAUUUGAAUGAGUGAAAUUGGAAUAAACUAGCAUUUGGGCCAUUGACAUAGAAAUACAUGCUCGUCGCGUCAAAUAGAUUUAGAUGUAGCUAGUUUGUAAUUCCAACGUACACUCGAUGGGUUUAAAUGCAACUAGAUACAAUUCCAACUUACAUUCAAAGGGCCACCUGAGCAGAAAAAUGUUUGAGUUUCCAGCACAAGCCAAUGAAUUUUCCUUGGACCAAUUUCUGAAAUACCGAAACGACAAUGUGGCAGCGGAUCCUAUUUACCAGGGACGUGUGGCUAUCAGCCUCGAAGAACAGAAAUCGGCUGUUAACUCAGAAAAACUCAAAUGUUAUCAGAAGAUCGUCUAUGGCCCGUCAACAUACGAAGGCAAUCAUUGCAACACCACGUGGGAUGGUAUUGCAUGCUGGGACAGUAUACGUGCUGGCGACGUAGCUCAACAACAAUGUCCGUCUUAUAUCCAUGGGUUUUAUACUACAGGAUUGGCUACAAGACGAUGUUUGUCCGAUGGUCAAUGGUACGUGAAUCCUGAGUUUAAUAAAUCCUGGACGAAUUACACUGGUUGCACGUCAUCUGUGAUACCCAAUCCUUCACAUUUUAUUGAGAGUCAUUUAGAACGAUUGGCGUUGAUGUACCAUACAGGAUAUGGAAUAUCUUUGAUAUCUCUAAUUGUGGCCUUUGUCCUUAUGAUAUAUUUUAGGCGACUUCACUGUCCAAGAAAUAUUGUUCAUCUAAAUCUGUUUGCGUCCUUCAUAUUCCGUGCUGCACUUUCCUUUUUGAAAGAUAAUCUACUCGUCCAAGGUGUGGGACUCCCCGAUGACGUAUCGUUACCAUCACUGGGAACCAUAUUUUUUAAAGAAGGAGGAGCGCAUUGGGAAUGUAAGCUGUUGUUCACAACGUUUCACUAUGUUCUAUUAGCCAACUAUUUUUGGUUGUUUAUCGAAGGUCUAUAUUUACAUACGUUAAUAAUAGUAGCCGUAUUCUCCGAGAAAUCCAGAAUCAGAUGGUAUCUGCUUAUGGGAUGGGUUGGGCCGUUAGUAUUUGUAAUACCAUGGAUGUUUGUCAGACUGUUUGUUGAAAACACGCUGUGUUGGAAUACCAAUCCUACGCCGGCCUAUUUCUGGAUAAUGAGAUCAGCCAUCGUAUCUUCAAUCAUAAUUAAUUUCGCUUUUUUCUUAAAUAUUGUUCGUGUUUUGUUCACCAAGUUAAAAAGUUACAGUACACCGAAGUCGAGAAGAUGUCGUCACAGGUACAGGAGACUGGCGAAGUCGACCCUCGUUCUUAUUCCAUUGUUUGGCGUCCAUUAUAUGGUUUUUAUCGGCCUUCCUGAUGAUGUGUCAGCAACCUUGGAGCUGAUCCGCCUUUAUUAUGAAAUGUUCUUUAAUUCCUUUCAGGGAUUUUUUGUAGCUUUACUGUAUUGUUUCCUGAAUGGCGAGGUGCAGUCAGAAAUCCGUAAAAAGUGGAUUAGAUACAAACUGAAAACCAACUCCAGAAAGUUUCAGAAAAUUUAUUGGCAGACGUCGUCGUUUAAAUUCGGUAAAAAUCCCAGCCAAUCGCAUUUAGUGAAUUCUAUUACGUCAGAGCGUCGGGAUUUUCGAAAUCCUCAGCUUCAAACAAGUUCUGAAGCCAGUUCAGAAGAUGAACGGAAACGAAUCCAAAUGAGUGAUGAUCCGAUGCAUAGAAAUGGAUACAGAUUAUCACCUACACCAAAGACAAUUGAGAACACGAGGCCUAUAAUAUAUCUUAAACCUACUGAUGAGUUUGGAUGAAAAAGUUUAUCUGAGUUCCCAAGACGCUGUUCUUUUUAUAAAUAUUAUUUUUCUAUGAACCAUGUUCUUUACUUGUGUAAUAGAAGAACUUCUUUAAAAAUCGAACUUAAUUAAAACUUUAAGCUCAUAGUGAUCUACUGGUGUCCAACCACGCCCAAGUGAUUAUGUAACGUUCAAGAUUUAGCUGUGGUAGCUCAAGACACCACAUUAAUGUGUCAGUUUCAGUCUAAUGAUCCGUUUUGAUUCUUAAAAUGAACUAUAUUGUUCUUUUUAUAUAUAUUAUUUUUCUACAAGUCAUUGCUUAAUGUCAGUGUGAAUAACAAUUUGGUGAAAAUUAAAACAAAAUCCCUUAAGGUAAUUCAACUGAGUGUGCUUAGAUUACUAUAAACAUAGUGUACCUUUUACAGACGAUGAUAUUUUUCUUGGAUAUAAAUUUAAUAUAAAUUUGACGACAAGCAUACCUUUUGAAUACAGAACGUUGAGACAAAUUUUGUCAUGAAAAGUGUAUAAGAAGAGUGAUGACUGUUCAUUUACUGUAUCAACUUUUCAAGCAUUGUUUAUGAAAAACUAAUGUGAUAUAAACUAAUCUGAGGUUGUGAUUUAUAAAACUUUGAAGAGGGCGAGGCUUUUGUGUGUUUUUAACAGUUCGUAAAUUAUUUAUAUUAAUAUUAUUAUUGCCAACAUUUUCAAUGUCAAAUAAAAACUUAAGCAUAUCUUGAAUUUGUGUGUGAAAUGGUGCCGAGUAAUUGUCCUUGAAAUCUCCGAAAAC